ACCGUAGAAGAAGAACAAUAGCAGUAGCAUGUUUGCAGCAUCGCACCACUCCAGUGUGUCUGGUGUUUUUUCAUAAAACAGUCAUCAGUAACUGUUUCAAAGUACCGAAAGUGACUGAUAAGGAAGAGGAGAGGCUGCUACAAAUUUUGCAAAAAUGAAGCUCAACAUCGACGGUUUGUUGGUGUAUUUUCCAUAUGACUACAUCUAUCCUGAGCAGUACUCCUACAUGCUGGAGCUGAAGAGGACGCUGGAUGCGAAGGGUCAUGGAGUCCUGGAGAUGCCUUCAGGAACAGGGAAGACCAUCUCCCUGCUGUCUCUCAUCAUUGCCUAUCAAAAGGCCUUUCCUUUGGAUGUGACCAAGCUAAUAUACUGCUCCAGAACAGUUCCAGAGAUUGAGAAGGUCGUGGAGGAGCUCAGGAAGCUGAUGGAGUUUUAUUCCAAGGAAACCGGAGAGAGCAACAACUUCCUGGCUCUGGCCCUUUCCUCCAGGAAAAACCUCUGCAUCCACCCCGAAGUGAGCUCUCUGCGCUUCGGUAAGGAAGUUGACGGAAAGUGUCACAGUCUGACGGCGUCGUACAUUCGCGCACAACGACACAGCAACCCCAACCUGCCUAUGUGUCGCUUCUAUGAGGAGUUUGAUGCGGUCGGCCGGCAGGUUCCUCUUCCCGCAGGCAUCUACAACCUCGACGACCUGAAGGACUUUGGCAGGAGGAAAGGCUGGUGUCCUUACUAUCUGGCACGCUACUCGAUCCUACAUGCUAACAUCGUGGUGUACAGCUACCACUACCUGCUGGACCCCAAGAUAGCCGACCUGGUGUCCAAAGAACUGGCCAAGAGUUCUGUGGUGGUGUUUGAUGAGGCUCAUAAUAUAGACAACGUGUGUAUCGACUCCAUGAGUGUGAACAUCACCAGACGAACGCUGGACCGAUGCCAGAACAACGUGGACACGCUGCAGAACACCAUACAGAAGAUAAAGGAGACAGAUGCUGCUAAACUGAAGCAGGAGUACAGGCGACUGGUGGAAGGGUUGAAGGAAGCCAACGUUGCCAGGGAAACAGACGUCUACCUGGCAAAUCCAGUGUUGCCAGAUGAAAUUCUUCAAGAGGCCGUCCCCGGCACCAUUCGCACAGCAGAACACUUUGUUGGUUUCUUGAGGCGUUUCCUGGAGUAUCUGAAGGCCCGUCUGAGAGUCCAACACGUCAUACAGGAGAGCACCCCGCAGUUCCUCAAAGACAUCUUCGACAAAGUCUGCAUCGACCGCAAACCUCUCAGGUUUUGUGCAGAGCGUUUGCAGUCGUUACUACGAACUCUGGAGAUUGCUGACAUCGCAGACUUCUCGGCCGUUACUCUCAUCUCUAACUUUGCUACUUUGGUCAGCACCUACAGCCAAGGUUUUACUAUAAUCAUCGAGCCGUUUGAUGACAGAACUCCAACUAUUGCCAACCCUGUGCUGCACUUCAGCUGCAUGGAUCCGUCUAUAGCCAUCAAACCUGUUUUUCAAAGAUUUCAGUCGGUCAUCAUCACCUCGGGGACUCUCUCUCCGCUGGACAUCUAUCCCCGAAUCCUUGACUUCCGCCCCGUUACCAUGGCGUCCUUCACCAUGACGCUGGCUCGGACCUGCCUCUGUCCUCUGAUUGUCGGCAGGGGAAACGACCAGGUGGCGCUCAGCUCAAAGUUUGAGACCAGAGAGGACUUUGCUGUGAUUCGUAACUAUGGCAACCUACUUCUGGAGAUGUCCGCCAUUGUUCCUGACGGCAUUGUGGCAUUUUUCACCAGCUACGUCUACAUGGAGAACAUAGUUGCGUCUUGGUAUGAACAGGGAAUCCUGGAGAAUAUUCAGAGAAACAAGCUGAUCUUCAUUGAGACUCCGGAUGCUGCAGAAACCAGCAUGGCCCUGGAGAAAUACCAGGAGGCGUGUGAGAACGGCAGAGGAGCCAUCCUGCUGUCUGUGGCCAGAGGGAAGGUGUCUGAGGGAAUAGAUUUCGUGCACCACUUCGGCCGGGCAGUCAUCAUGUUUGGAGUCCCGUAUGUUUACACACAGAGCCGCAUCCUGAAGGCUCGUCUGGAGUACCUUCGGGAUCAGUUCCAGAUCAGAGAGAAUGACUUCCUCACAUUUGAUGCUAUGCGUCACGCGGCCCAGUGUGUGGGCAGAGCCAUCAGAGGCAAGACGGACUACGGACUCAUGAUAUUUGCUGACAAGCGUUACGCCCGAGCAGACAAGCGUGGGAAGCUUCCUCGCUGGAUCCAGGAGCACAUCAACGACGGCAGUCUGAACCUCACCGUGGACGAGGCGGUCCAGCUCUCUAAGCACUUCCUGCGUCAGAUGGCUCAGCCGUUCAGACAGGAGGACCAGUUGGGUCUGUCUCUGUUGACUCUCGAGCAGCUGGAAUCGGAGGAAAUGUUGCAGAAAAUCACUCAGAUCGCUCACCAGACCUGAAGGUGACAUACACUGCAUAAUGUCAUCACCGUGGCAACGCCCAUGAUGGUGGGGGUCAUCGGCUGUUUAAAAUGUUUAGAACUGGAUCAGAUAGCAGAUGCAACUUAAGAGUUUAUUUUUUACCUACGUGGAGUGCCAGAUGUUUGAGGUUCACCACAUCAGGACAGUUCAGAUGUACAAUAACAAACAUGAGACAUAUUUAAAAACACACGUUGGAGCAGCUCUGGCUCUGUCAGUGUUAAACACCACCAGUCUGGACCUAUUUUAAAAACAAAACUAAACACUCAGCAUUCAGUAUUUUGAGCCACACACUGAGUCUACUGAAUAUUAUCACCCUGCCUUUACAUAGUGCUCUGUGUCAAUCAGCAUAUAUACUGUAGUGUUGAAAUGCAAACACAUUUUAUCAGAUUUAGCCUCACUAGUCCAACCAAUAGACCUCAAGAGUGUGUGACAGGAUUUAUUUUUUCAUAAUUAGUUGACACACUUUUGUGCAAACUUUAAUAGCUGGUUUACAUGUUGAUCCUACAUCCUCUUGCACCAAACCAACACAAGGCAGUGAUGGAGAUCAGUUAAGAGCCAAAGCCCAGCUCAGCUUCAUCUCAUUAAAGGUCCUAACAUUUUGUAGACUCAGUGAACAUUUUCAAGUAUUACAGAUAACUAACAGAUGCACUAAGAGACGAUAUAACAGAAAUACCAACAAUAGUUCUAUUAUAAUGAAAACUUUUACUUGAAAUCCUAGAAAGGUGUGAGCUCUUUUUAGGCACUCCAGAGCUACUGUAGGGUUGUGACACAAAACAUUUGUUGCUUUAAAGACCAAUAGUUAUUAUCACACUGUGCGCUGUUUUUAACUUGUAUCGUUUUGAGAACAUUUUUGCUUAAAAAUGAGACAAACAGACGUGUUUAAGAUAAGAAAAUGUUGCAUUAACUACAAAAAAUGUUAUUCCAUGUGCGGGUGUAACAUCGGUCCAUAUAGUGUCUGUCAUACAGACAAGACGACUGUUAGUGUCCUUUUUCUACUGCAACUGUACAUAGAAAUAUUUGUAUCUGUUUUUCAUUGAGAAAGUUGGAAUAUAAAUGUUUGUAUUUAAAGGCU